AUGGAUAAUACCAGAAGUGAUGCCACUUUCUCAAGUAAUCCCAAUUUUCAGAUGGGAAAUCCUCCACAGCAAAAAGAUACUCACUGUGCCCAGCAGCACCCGCUCAGUGCUCACCGGCCCAUAGCCUCCUUCUCACAGCUUGCCAGCAUCUCCUCAGCCCUCAACCUGCACCAUGAUGCAGUGACAGUCACAGAGGAUAACAACGCCCUCACUGAAGCAGCAGGUGUAAAUGCUGAACCUUUCUGGCCAGGCUUGUUUGCAACGCAGGCCCUGGCCAGUGUCAACAUCGGGAGCCCCAUCUGCAGUGUAGGGGCUGGUGGACCUGUCCCAGCAGCUGGCACUGCACCAGUGGGAGGUCCCACCCCCUCCACCACCGCUGCCCCAGCUGGCGAGAAGGAGGUGGAAGCAAAGAAAGAAGAAUCGGAAGAGUGUGAUGAUGACAUGGGCUUUGGUUUUUUCACUAACCUCUUCUGUAACCUGUCCAGUGAAAAGCUGAACUCUUAA